CCGAUUAAGAGGGCCGUCCCUCCAACUUCACUGGAGGUACAGCCAAGAGACAUCUGAUUUCAUCAUGGAUACUUCGUUCAUCGAUUCGGACCUUCUACCUGGAUUUUCAUGGACAUUGCCGGAAUCUCAUGGGUGCAGGGACCUGGGGUCGACGGAGAAAGAAGAACUGCACAUUGACCAGAAAGGUUCAAACGAGUUGUUUCACUCUGAUGGAGGAGCUCAAGGUUCAGUUCCUGGGGAGACUGGUUCUGGCAUGGAGAUGAACAGAAGACCAGUCCAGCCACAGGUGAGCUCGUCGGAGAGGUACUACAGAGGAGUACGGAAGCGGCCGUGGGGAAAGUUUGCAGCUGAGAUUCGAGACUCGACUCGGUGCGGGGUGCGGGUGUGGCUUGGAACGUUUGGCAGUGCCGAGGCAGCGGCGCUGGCUUAUGACCAAGCUGCAUAUGCCAUGCGAGGGCCGACGGCUGUGCUCAAUUUUCCGGUGGACUAUGUAAAGGAGUCACUUGGGGACAUGAGAUAUGGGGAAGAUGGGUCUUCCCCGGCCAUGGCUCUUAAGGAGAAGCACUCCCUAAGGAGGAGGCGGAGGAGGAUGAAAACAACCAGCGGCGGAAGGGAAGGAGAAGAGGAUAAGGAUUUGGUAGAAUUGGAGGAUCUAGGAGAGCAGUAUCUGGAGGACCUACUGAUCAAGUCUUGUCAAGAAGAAAGGGAUCUUUGAUCUCUCUCUUUCUCUUCCCAAAUAUCUACAAUGUUAGGACGAUAACAGGGUGCAUUCGAAUCAACAUAUAACGUCCCACUAUAAUGUCUAAGGCAAAAUGCAUUUCCCUACUUGGAUUUCUUGCCGUCUUUUUGUUAAUCUUUUUGUGUGUGUGUAUAUAUAAGCUUGAGCUCCGGUUUGAAGUAAAUUUGAGUAUGAGCAUAAACAAGGCGAGGUUCCAGGACACUGAUCUGAACUCCAUUGAGUUACUUUCGUAAUCAAAUGCGGAUCUUUAUACAACAAAAUCCACGGUGGUAGAGGCCAACCAAAUAAAUAUAGUUAGA